CGUUCGCCAAGCUAUUUUUAACGCGUUCCAUUAUUGGAUGUUUUCAUCCACUCGGGGAAACGUACAAGGAAACCCCAGUAUGGAUGAUCUUCGCCCUUACCUUCCAUCGGAGUGGAGUAAUGAAGAGAGGAUACGCACAUUGAUGGGACCCAUGCCCACUGCACAAGAUGAGGUGGCAAGAACUGCGCGAUUAACAUUUUGGACAGCUGCUAUUCACCAUUGGUGUUAUGUUACAAAAAAAUUUACUUUCACCUUUCAGGAAAGUCUGUCUGCCUUUAGGCGAGGUACACAACAGCCUUUGUGUCUAUCAGAUGUAUUGCUGCACAUGAACAGGUUAGGUGAAGUUGUGCCUCUGGAUGAAUUGCCUCUGGGUGAGCAAGGUGAAGAAUCUUGGGUUGGCUGGGGAAGAAGAGUAUUCAUAUCAGCUCCAUCACGAUUUGCAUGGAAUAAAGUUAAACAAGCAUUAGGAGCCAAUAAUAUAAACUCAAAGGUUUUUGUUGACACAAAAUUAUUACAGGACAUGUGUGAAGCAGUGUUGAAAUCAUACUGGAAAUUAUCCUUGGAUGAUCACAUUGCUGGGAAUAAACCUUUAACAUUUGCUUCACUCUACAGCAAAGUAGGAGACUGUGUUGGUUCUGCAGACAACCUGCACCUUGUAGUUGAAGCACUUGUUCAUAAUGGUAGAGCAGCCACUACAGUUCAUAAAGAUAUGACCUAUGUCAAGCUUGCAGUUUGUGGGGAUUUACAGAAGCCUGUUAUUACACAAGUGGAAAUAGCUGAAAAUGAGCUGCAUGUUGCACAGAAAGGUGUUGCAAACAAUAUUUCCCAACUAGAGCAUGAAAUUGCUAGUUUGCAGCAGGAGGUGAUGUUAGCUCUUAAGGCAAAAUCCAAAACUAAGGCACUGUUAUUGCUGAGGAGGAAGAAGCGGUCAGAAAAGUCUCUCGCUACACAGAUGGGAGCCUUGGAAAAUGUAAAUACGUGCAUACUUCAGUUACAAGAGACACAAAUUAAUAA